GUUCUGAGCAAUGACGCCGCCCAGUAUGGGCCCAACGCAGUUUCCCAGCGCCCAUGCUGCCUGGACUAGGCCGUACCACGUAGGCCGAAGCGGCAACGGGACAAUGUCGGUGAAAAUUAGCAGGCAUAAGACGAUAAUGCCAGCACCGCCGACGCCUUGGAGAGACCGCCCAGUCAACAUCAAGCCGAUGGAGCGUGACACGCAGCACAAGACCGUGCCUACGGUAAAAAAAGCGACCGAGGUGGUCAGGCAUGGCCGUCGACCAAACACGCGGCUCAGAUCCGCAAUGAAUAACAUCACCACGGCACUGGCUAAGAGGUACGCCGUACCUAUCCAGAAGCCGUCGUACGUGCUGAGCUCGAGGUCCGCAACGAUAGCCUGCAGGUAAGGCCCAGAGUGGUCUGUGAAUCUUCAUGUGUGAGGAAUCUUCGCCGCAUGUGCUUGUGGGUUUCUGCGGACGUGCCAACACGCGGAACUCCUGCUACGUAACUUCCGUGGAACACUACAGAAAGCACCAACGUGCUCUCGGGAUGUGCCAAUACAUCAACUGGGAUGCUGUCGAAGCCGUUUUUUGCUUUCCUAUUCGGGUGGCGAGGUAGAGCCGGUUCAGAAAACUACCAUAUCACUAAGCGCAGCCGGAAACACGGACGGACGGAUGAAGAAUCCGGAACU